UGAGUUUGUUUACAAGAAUCAGCUGAUCCUUGACAGCCUCCGCCUCUCGUGUCGACGGGGGGUUGGCGUUUAUAACAUUCUGUACAAUCAGUCUCUCAGGACAAAGAAGUUUUCAAGACACAAGAUCCAGGGAAUAAAAGCAUCAAAAGGCUAACUAUAAUCCAAGAUGGUGGCUGCCACACGUAAUGAGGAUUGUAUAUGUGAGGUAUCCAUAGGAACAGAGCCUCGGGUUCUAACUGUGCGCGUCCCUGUGUCAAUACCCACAAGUGUGUGCCCUGUUGAAUUGGCUCACCGUCUCAUUCAGCACCACAACCUUCCUAUCUAUUUACACAAUGAACUAAGUGAGAAGCUGAAAAUUGCCAUCCAGGACAAAACAGAGGAGCACUACAGACAGCAAGAUAAGCGUGUUAUACAAUCACUCCAAGAGGGAAAAAUCAACAUUAAGGAUGUGGCUGCUGCUUGGGCUAAUAAAUAUGCACAGGUUAACAAGAGGCAAGAAGAUGAGGGCUGUGAGAAUGAGAUGUUGGCAACCAUGUACCAUUCCCUCGUGCACUCGCCAGCAGCAGCAAAUCUGAUUGGCUUGGAGCAUUCCUUCUCUAAUGCCAUGAGCUCCCUUGUGUCUCAGAGGGAACAUGCAUUGAAGGAAAUCAGUGAGAGACAGACCAGAGAAAUGAGUGAGACUGUAAGUGCCGUAGGAGUGCACUUCACUGAUGAUGACGUAAACAACCUGGCUGCCCGACAUCUUGAAGACUCCCAGCUCAUGGAGGUUCAGUGGGACUCCACCAUCUCAGUCCUGAAGGAAGACCAAGAAAGGGACUUCAAGAAUUUUGUAAUGGAGUCCUUUGCUGGGCGAGAGAUCACAACACCAGUGACUCCAAAAGACUUUAUACUGGGCUCAGACACAGUAAUGACAGAGGCGACCGAACCCACCCAGGAAGAAAGCUUUACCAUACACCUUGGUGCACAGAUGAAGCAGAUGCACAAUCUUCGUUUGCUGUCAGCAGAUGUCCUGCAGCUGUGCAAAUAUCAGUCUCAUGAUGCUAGUGCCAUUCCACCUCAGCGCAUCCAGACAUCAAUGAGUCUCUAUUCCCACAACCUAAAUGGUCUUGUACUCUUGGUUGACGACCGAAUCAACACCUACACAGGCAUCAAGAGAGAAUUUGGCCGAGUCUGUGGCAGGACGACUGAGUUGCACUUCCCUGACUUGGAGGAUCAGUUAGAGGCCACCAGAGAUUUGGUUCCUCAGGUUGUUCAGUGGCGUCGGGACCAUCCUCCUCCACAGUAUGAUUGUGACGAGGAAGCAGCACCUCCUCCUCCAGUGCCGCAACACCUCAAAGCUGGGGAUUUCUACAUCACACGCCACUCUAACUUGGCUGAUGUGCAUGUGGUGUUUCACAUGAUUGUGGACGAUUCUCUACGUUCUGGGGACAUCAAUUCUCGCCAUCCUGUCAUACUAGGACUGAGAAAUGUUCUCAAGAUUGCAUGUCUGGGAGACAUAACUACACUCACUAUUCCCCUUUUGCUAACAAAUUCCAUGUCAGAGGAAAUGACAAUGUCUUGGUGCCAGAAGCGAGCAGAGCUGGUUUACAAGUGCAUCAAGGGCUUCAUGAUGGAAAUGGCAUCCUGGGGUGGAGCCGAGAUGAAAAACAUGCAGUUUCUUGUCCCAAAGGGAAUAUCUGAAGACCUGUUCCAGCAUUUGGCAGCCAUGUUACCCAAUAUAUUCCGGGUGUCAAAUCCUUUGGUUGUCAAGUCUUCGUAAGAUAAUUGUAUCGUCCAAGAAGCAUUGGACACUUUUCCUAGAAAAGAAAAAUAAUUACAUGAUCUGAGGUGAAGUUCUUCUGAUACUAAGAGGAGACACUAAAGCAAAACAGUAAUUGUAUAUAAUUACAAUAUGAAAUGAAUUGUAAUCCUGUUAUUCUGAUUUUUAAGAAUAUUAUUUUAUACUCUGUAAUAUAUCUGAAACAAUUUAGAAAUUUGUUUUCAUUUUUUCAUUGCAAAUUUAAAAAGGUUUAUGUUCAUAUAUGAAGUAAUAAUUAAAGAACUA